AGUAUUCGGACUGUAUCAUUAUAUUGUCAAAUGAAAGACGCCUCCUCCAGUCGCUACUUGACGUCAGGGUAGAUCCCGCAACUAUUGCAUCGAAAGAGAACUGCGGAUAGAUAAAGAGGCAGAAGAGGACCAUCCGUCCGUAGGAGCAGACGAUCAGUUCCUGAGUGGAAAUCAACUAUACAAUGCCUUUAGGAGAGGAUGAAAAUGGAUGGAAAAAGAAGACAACUGAUAUCAAGGAAAAUUACGAUUUCAAGGAGGUCUUGGGGACAGGUGCGUUCUCUGAGGUGUUCCUGGCUGAGGAGAAGAAGACCCAGCGACUCGUGGCCAUUAAAUGCAUCCCUAAGAAAGCGCUGGAGGGAAAGGAGAACAGCAUUGAGAAUGAGAUUGCUGUGCUGCACAGAAUAAAACAUGAGAACAUUGUUUCACUGGAAGACAUCUUCGAAAGUCAGUCGCAUUUGUAUUUGGUCAUGCAGCUCGUAUCGGGGGGAGAGCUCUUUGACAGGAUUGUGGAAAAAGGCUUCUAUACAGAAAGAGAUGCCAGCAAACUCAUUCGGCAGAUUUUAGAUGCGGUCAAGUAUCUGCAUGAUAUGGGCAUUGUGCACAGAGACUUGAAGCCAGAGAAUCUGUUGUACUACAGUAUGGAGGAGGACUCCAAUAUCAUGAUCAGUGACUUUGGCCUGUCUAAGAUCGAGGACUCGGGAAGCGUGAUGUCAACCGCCUGUGGAACACCUGGAUACGUAGCUCCAGAGGUCUUGGCACAAAAACCAUACAGUAAAGCUGUAGACUGUUGGUCCAUAGGAGUGAUUUCUUAUAUUCUCUUAUGUGGCUACCCUCCAUUUUACGAUGAAAAUGACUCCAAGCUGUUCGAGCAGAUUCUCAAAGCAGAGUAUGAGUUCGACUCUCCGUACUGGGACGACAUCUCUGACUCAGCCAAGGAUUUCAUCAGUCACUUGAUGGAGAAAGAUCCGACUCGGAGAUACACAUGUGAACAGGCUUUACAGCACCCAUGGAUUUCUGGAGACACGGCUCUCGACAGGAACAUUCAUGAGUCUGUCAGCGCUCAGAUUAAGAAGAACUUUGCCAAAAGUAAAUGGAAGCAAGCAUUCAAUGCGACAGCAGUGGUCCGACACAUGCGGAGACUGCAGCUGAGCACCAGCCUAGAGGGGCCGAGCCAAAUCACCACCACCAGCCCCUACCACAGACACCUGCUCCUGCCCGCCAAAGAGCUCGACCAUGAGGAGGACGAGGAGGAGGAAGACGACAACAGUUCCCCGAGUGCGGACGGGCGUCGAGGCAGUGCCGAUCGGGACAGUCUCAGAAGCUGUGCUUACUGCUGCCGACCAACCAGCAGGAUCUGAAGCAGAACUCUGAGCCCAGCAGAACCUAGAGGGACCCAGUGGAACCACAUAUGCACCAGUCUGACCCGGAACACAGAACUUUCCUGAUAACAUGCACUAGAUGGAGCUAGUGCUGCUGGUGGGCCGUGAGAGGAGAGCGUCAUUGUUCCAGAUAUUCAGACUUGGGUAGAUCAUAGACAGAUAUGUAACUCCUCUAUUGUUUUAAUUUGAUUAAUAUUUCUGUACCCCAACCAAAGACAAAAAUAUGUUUAAGUUGUAAGUUUAUGGAAGGUUUAAUUAUUAUUAUUUAUUUUAUUCUCAUUAUUUUUUUAAAGAAAACUUUCAGGUCUGUACCCCGUAGCAAUUUGGACUUUCUUGGAAAGCCACUAGUUAUACAAUGUCUUAAUAAGCCCCACUUGCUCAGGCGAUAAGUUCAUGAGGCAAAAAAGAUAAUCAUAUCAUUUUUAAGCCUUAAUCCACUGUAGUUUUGUUUUGUAAGGUCUGUUGGGUAGAGUUGUCCAUGUCGUUGAUUUUGUGAUCUGGUUCAGACUGGUACAAAGCUGCAUAUGAAGUCAGAGCAGGAGUAUUUCCAAGCUAUUACGGAGAUCACAUGAUCUUGUUGUGGGUAUAAACCUUCAUAUGAAGCAUGUGGACAGAACAGGGGUUAAGAGAUUUGAGCCACAGUCCAGAUGCAUUUUUUUUUUUACACCCAGAUUAAUGCAAUACUUAGAUAAUCUCCACAUUCACUAAAGAUUACUGAUUUUAGAUUUAUGAGGCAAAAGUAGUCUGUAGCUCAGUUCCAAAACCUACGCUUAAAAAUAAUUUAUUUAGAUCUUAAUUUAAGAUGCAUGUUAAAUAUCCAUCCAUAUGAACAAACUCAUAACUUAAUGUAAUGCAUAUUUGACAAACAUACAUAAAUAAAAGUAGUAAGGUUUCUGUAAUAUUACUAAUAAAAUGUAUCUAGAUUUGUAUAUUUAUCAUCAACAAAUCUGAUUUGUUUCGAUUGAAUGCAUAUUACCAAUUAAAUAUUGCGUGUUCUAGAGCUAGCCAUAUUUUAACCAUGUUCAUACUUUUUUUAAACUGUUUGCAGUUAACAGAUUUAUGCAAAUUCGAAACAAUUUGAAUAAUUAUAAUUAUUUUGCAAUAAUGCUAAUAAACUGAAUGUGUUUUAAAUACACAAUAACCACGGUUUAUAUAUUUACCAUCAAUAAAUCCAAUUUAAUUAUCUAAUCAAUUUUAUUAAUCUAAUGAAUACAUUUUAACUAGCCAUGUUCAUACUUUUAUUUUAACUGAAUAAAUGUAAUUGUUUCCACAAUGAACAGAUUUAUGCUAAUAAGCAAUUCGAAUGAAUGCAUUUUGAAAAUAUGGUUAUUUAAAUAAAAUUCCAUAGAUGGAAAUUGUUAAUAAUAACCUAUUCCAUGCUUUUUUGUGUGCAGAAAUCUUAUCCAUUUCAUUUAUUCAUGACAAAUAUGCAUCACAUUAAGUUUAUUAGUUUGUUUACACUAAAUCUGUGAAAUUCAAAUAGAUGGUAAUAUUACACAAAUUAAAUACAUAAAUCUUAAAUGUAAGCCCAAGUUUAGAGAGAAGCCAGAAAUCUAAGGCAGAUUGUAUGUGAAAGCAAUCUCAUAAUGCAGUGCAACAAGCUCAGUAAAUAUAUAUAUUUUUUUAAAAACUAACUAUUUUAGCCAAUAUUUGUGAGAGCUAUGUGGAAUUAUGCUUUUUAAGAGUAUGCUGGCAUCAAAUUCUGUUGCAGUUGUGAGUCGAGUGUUGUAUUGCGCUUCACACGUGAGGCACUAUUUGUUGUAGAGUGUUUCAAAUCAGUCACUUUUGAGUUCCGUUUCAAUUAGGAUUCUGCCUUAGAAGGUUUUGGAACAGAUGUUGAUUAACUACUUUGUCGCAAUUGUGAUUUAGUUCUGCAACCAAAAUGAUUUAUCUGUCCAUGAUUAUCAGUUAUUCCAUGUUAUGCAUGUUGUGUGAGCUGAUUGGUUAAGGUUCUUUUGUUUGGGUCGCUGGCCAUAAUCUGUACUGUUCUCCUGUGCAGAAGACGUCUAAUGUUUGCAUGACCUCGUAAAAAUAUGUUUACAAGAGCGAUGAUCAAAAUAUUAAAAUAUACAUAAACAUAUUCAUAUCUUUACAAUACUAAUCGCAAAAUAAGACAGAUUAUUCCUGGGAGGCACAAGAAAUUUGGACACUUAAUCUGUUUCUUUUUCUAUUUCUUUAUAAAAGACAGAAAUGCUGAUUUAACAUUAUCUUAAGAACUCAAUACUGGCCUUAUUUUAAAACUGGAUUAAUACAAAAACAAAAAAAACAAUGCAAGAACAUUUAUCACCUUGUUCAUCAAUAUAUCAUAUCUGUGCCAAUUUGCGCACAUUACUUACUUGAAGCCAACAAUAAUACAAAAAAAGUGUUUGUUUUUUGCUCACGGACCCCUAAUAUUAAAGACAUUUUCCUUUUAAACAUGAACGAUUAGUUUUAAGCUGACACUCCAUCUGUCUGAUAUAGCUGUAUUUAUCAUUUAUUUGCAUAAAGUAACAUUCUAGUUUGUCAGAACAGUGUUGUCAAUACAACAGCAUUUUUAUUUUCAGUGUAAAAUUCUUUUUAUUUGAAAUGUAAUAUUUAUUCAAUUCAAUGAAAUUCGAAAAUAUUAACUACAUAAAUAAUUAAAAUAUUUAAUUUUAGAACUGCGUCAUGCCCAAGUGCAAUCAUUGAUGUAAUUAUUAUAAAAUUGCGACAGUCUAAUGAGCAGUUCAGCAAUCAGUUCAUUAUGGUAAUUAUGCAAACUGCCUCAGAAGGGCUGAUUAAAUAUCAUUUGGAAAGUACUAUAGGAAGUUACACCCCAGGUUUUGGGUAGUUAAUUCCUCCCUUGAUCAAUUUGUUUUUGACAUGGAAGUGCACACACUUCAGGAAGUGAAGAGGAGACACAAAUACAGUAUGUGUAUUAUACAUAAAGAUGAUGUAUACAUAUAUUGUAUAUCUUUUUUGUAAAAGCUACAAAUGUAUGGAUGCAAUGCAUCAUGUGUUAUCAAUGGAGUUAUGAAGAGCCAAUGAUUUGUACCCUUAAAGAUAUACAGAUAGUAGCACGUUAUGAAUAAACACUCCUUGUCUAUGC